AGUCAUCAGGCUUUUGUUUUAUGGGUAUUAAAUAAAAAGUCAAAUCUUUUCUGCGUCCAUUGUAUUCUGAAAUUCAUUGACAUGGUUUCAGAUUAACACUUAAAUUAUAUUUCCUGUUAUAAUAUUCUUUCAUACUUGAAUUUUCUUUCUUUCACUCGUAAGGAAAGAAAGCAAAUCUUGGACAUGAGAUGGAAGGGAAGAAGGUAGAGUCUUUAAGAACCCAAGACUGGAAACAAGUAGAGAGUGCAAAAUUCAAAGGAUGGGGUUGGUGGUUGUCAGUGUUAGUGAUAGGAGCUAUAGUUGUAACAGCUUGUGGGCUCACCAUUUUAAAGAGCUUUAACCACUUCAAGAAAAGUUCAGGUUACCACAGAGCCAUUGUCAAGAAAUAUUCAGAUGCUCUUGAAGUCUCCUUGCAAUUCUUUGAUAUACAAAAGUCUGGUAAGUUGGUGAAUAAUAGGAUUCCUUGGAGAGGGGAUUCAGGGUUGCAAGAUGGGAAACAACAAGGAUUGGAUCUUUCAAAAGGAACGUAUGAUGCUGGAGAUCUCAUUAAAUUCGGUUUUCCUAUGGCUUUUACUGCGACAAUGUUGUCUUGGGCUAUUCUUGAAUAUGGAGAACAAAUGAAUGCAGUUAAGCAAUUGGGUUAUGCUCAAGAUUCACUUAAAUGGAUCACUGAUUAUCUUAUCGAUGCCCAUCCUUCUCCAUAUGUUCUCUAUAUCCAGGUGGGUGAUCCUGAACUGGAUCAUAAUUGUUGGCAAAGACCAGAAACAAUGACAGAGGAAAGGCCAGUUACACAAGUGAAUACUUCUUUUCCAGGGUCAGAUGUUGCAGCAGAAACUGCAGCUGCAAUGGCAUCAGCAUCUCUUGUAUUCAAGAAAAUCAACUCCUCUUACUCCAAUUUGCUCCUUAUGCAUGCUCAGCAACUCUUUACUUUUGCCGAUACUUACAGAGGUUCUUAUAGUAUCAGCAUUCCCCAUGUACAGGAAUUUUAUAACUCCACAGAUUUUGGAGAUGAACUCUUGUGGGCAGCUGCCUGGCUCUACCAUGCAACUGGAGAUGAGUCAUACCUUAGUUAUGCAACUGAAAUUAAUGGCGAAAAAUUUGCUAAUUGGGGUAAUCCAACUUGGUUUAGUUGGGAUGACAAGCAUGCUGGAGCUCAGGUUUUACUUUCCAAGAUAAACAUGUUUGGUGUGGAAGGGAUGUCAAUGGAGGAAAAUCUUGAACUUCAGAUAUACAGGGAAACAGCUGAGGCCUUCAUGUGUAGACUUCUUCCAGAUUCACCUACAGCCACAUCUAGCAGAACCGAAAAUGGCCUGAUAUGGGUCCUAAAAUGGAAUCCUCUGCAGUAUGCUGUGGCUUCUGCAUUCCUAGCUGUUCUGUUUAGUGAUUACAUGGUUGCUUCCCACAUUCCAACUCUAUAUUGCAGUGGGCAAUUCUACAGGCCAGAUGAUCUUCGCAGCUUUGCGAUUUCGCAGGCAGACUAUGUGUUGGGAAAGAAUCCAAUGGAGAUGAGUUUUCUUGUUGGGUAUGGACUGAACUUCCCUCGUUAUGUACACCACAGGGGAUCAUCGAUUCCUGUCGAUGCCAGGACCGGGUGUAAAGAUGGGUUUAUGUGGCUUCACUCACAAAAUCCUAAUCCAAAUGUUCCUGUUGGAGCUCUAGUUGGUGGCCCUUUUCUUAAUGAAACCUAUGUGGACUCUCGAAACAAUACUGAUAUAGCUGAGCCAACUACUUAUAGUAGUGCACUAUUUGUCGGCCUGCUCUCAGCCUUAGUCAUCGAUAACUCUCAUCAUACUGUAUGAGCAUUCUUUGUUUCUAUAGAAUUGGGUGCAAAUGGUGAAGAAAGAUGGCUGAUAUAAUCAAGAAUGUGUUUGCUGUAAUUGUGAUAAUUGAAGUGAAUACUAAUAGGUUCGAUAUUUUCAGCUAUUUGUAUAAAGUAGGGUGAUUGCAGAUGAAUGAUUGAAUAGACUACAAGGCCUCUUGAUUAAUUAUUUUCCAUUUUUAUAGCUUUUCAUAUUUAUUAUUUUUAUUUUUAAUCCUUCAUGUCAUGUGAUCAUCUCUUAGCUUUUUUUUCUUUCACUUUAAUUUUCUUGAUUUUUUAUUAUAUUUAUUUGCUUUUAUCAUCUUAUUUUUUCUAUUUUUUUUAUAACUAAUCUAAUUUUUUAAUCUAUUUUAUAUUAUUUAUUUAUUUAUAUAUUUUAAUAUAUAGAAAUAUAAAAUUAAUAAAAAUUUGGAUUGGAUAUUAUUUUAUUUUUAUAAAUAACUGAAAGUAUCCAACCAAUUAGUAUUCACAUGCAAGUGCCUAAAUCAAAGUGGACCAAAAUGAUAGCUGUUAAACAAUGUAAUUAAAUGUUUAUUGUAAGGGUAGUAUAGUCAUUUCCAUGUUAGAGUAUAAAUAGUCAUCUUUCCUUUGUUUUUAGGUUAAGCUUUACUUUGGUUAUGUACGUUAUGUUAUUCCUUCAUUUGUAACUUGGUAUCAGAGCAGCUGGGUCUUG